UUGCGAACUUGGCAACGCUGAGCUGGACUCUGGGGUGGAAUACAAUUUCCACAAUGAGUUGCGAUGACAGCGACACGUUGGUGGAACUAUGGAUCGGCUUAGCCAUCAUCGCCCAUAUUUUGGGCAUUGUCACCUUUUUCCGGAGGGCGCGAAUCCACGUCGACCGAGGCGAAGACACUUCGAGAAGCAGGCUUGGACGUAUGGCUCGAAAAGCUCGUGACUGGCUUGGACUUAUUCGAGAGUUCAAGCUCUGCGUGAAUCAAGGUGCUUUGGAUGUCACCUGGGAUCAAGAGAGCGGGAGUUUCGCCUUCUGGUCUUGGAUAGCAGCUCUCUAUACUAUUGCUCAUCUCACUUUUGGGACUUUGGUCCUCUCCUCGCUGUCGUUUAUUGGCAUCCCAGACGCAACCCAAAUUGUUUCUCGGUUUGUUGCUUCGGCAAUCGUGUGUCGGUGUAUCGCAGCGUAUGAGCUUGCUGGUAUGAGAGCUGCUCAAAGUCGGGGCCAAGAAAACCAUGCUCUCUCUGACUUAGUCGCAGGAGGGCUUGUUAUCGGACGACCGAGGAUUGUAGAUCCGUCAGGUGCUCCAACUUCUUCUCACCUCUGGUGA